AUGGCCUCCCUAAACCUCCUCCCCGAAGACCUCAAACACCUCGACCUCCUCCGCAACCGCUUCGCGACCCUAUCUCUCAACCUCUCCAACGCCCACCGCAACAUGGCGCUCACCUACCCCCUCCCCUCCCAAGAAUCCCUCCAGGCCUCAGCAGCAAUAAUCCACACCUCGCUGCUAUCCCUCCAGUCGAUCCUAACCGACAAGUCAGCCUUGUUCCACCGCAUCGCUGUCCACCCGUCUACCAACUUCCCCGGGCGCACCCAGCUAGACUUUUUGUCAUCGAUGCUAAGAAAAAAACCGGAACCGGAGAUCGAGACGAAAAUGGAGAUGGGGAUGCAGAGGGCGAGGGAGGUGGGGGUUGAUGAGGCGGUGUUGGCAGAGAUUGCUAGGCGGAACAAGAGACGGGAAGGGGGGGAUGAUGAGGAUUAUGAGGAGGGGGGUGGUGGUGGGGGUGGGGAUGGGGACGAGGGGGAGGAUGAGGAGGCGAAUAAUGAGAAGUGGGCGGAUUGCUGGUUUUUGUUUGAUAGGGGGUUGAAGGAGUAUAUUAAUGUGCAGGAGGGGAGGAGUUAUACUGUGGAGGAGCAGGAGAUGGGGGUUGAGAGGGUGAGGACGGGGUUGAGGAGGAAUUUGUUGGAGGAGGAGGAGGAGGAGGAGGAGGAGAGUGAUGAUGAGGAAGAGGAUGAAGAUGAAGAAGAGGAUGAGGAUUUAGUUAUGAUGGAUGGGAGUGGUGGGGGGAGGGGAGGGGUGGGACAGCAGGGGGUUGUGCAGCAGGCGAGUGGAAAUACGGGUGUGCAGCCAGAGCACUUGUUUUGGUUGUAUGCUAGGGGUAGGACAGAUCUACCGCCGAGGAUAGAGCUCGAGUCCAAGAGGGCGCCUGCGAAGGGGCAGGUGAAGAGACUUCCGCCUAGGUAG